AUGUCAAAUGGGAAGGUAGAUGAGCUGGGUAAGAAUGUUGCUGAUAUAAGUUUGGACUCCGAAGGUGGUGAAUGGGACACGUGUGUUCGUAAGUCCAAGAAUAAAUCUUUGAACAAACCCGGAAAACAAUGGGGCCAACAAACUGUGAAUCCCCCACCUAAAACUUGGGUUCAACAAACUGUGAAUCCCCCAUCUAAAGUUUUGGAGAAUAAUGGUAAAAGUGCGGGUAAUGAUUGGCAACAACCAAAGACAGGAAGAGGGAAUAGUUUCAGUAACAAUUUGGCAGCUUCAGGGCCUGCAAUUGGUCGGCCUCUUCAGAAUGGAUGGAAUUGGUCUUCAACUGCUGCUGCUGCCGCCGCCGCCGCUUCUGCUGCUGCUGCUGCUGCCAAUGUGCAAGUUUUCAAUAAUGAUGAUUCUGAUGAGGAUGAUGUAUUUGAUGUAUUUGAUGAUUCUGACGAGGAUGGGUAUGAUUCAUGUGCAAGCGAGAAGAGCCAUGAAACUAGGAAGAAACAUAAGAUGUUUGCCGGUUUCUUUAAGGUAUUGGAUAAAUGUAAGAAUGAGGAAUUGAACGAUGUAAGCAGAAAGUGGCACUGCCCGGCAUGCCAGGGUGGUCCAGGUGCGAUUUACUGGUAUAAAGGUUUGCCAUCGAUUGUCACGCAUGCUAAAUCAAGGGGGGCGAUUAGGAUGAAGCUACAUCGCGAGCUUGCGACACUAUUGGAUGAAGAACUCAGGAUUCGAGGAGCUUCGGUUGUACCAGCUGGUGAAGCAUUUGGCCAAUGGAGGGGUCUUUCACAACAAACACUGAAAGAUCGCGAAAUUGUGUGGCCUCCCAUGGUUAUUAUUAUGAACACAAAACUCGAAAGAGGUGAAGAUGACAAGUGGAUAGGCAUGGGAAAUCCGGAGCUUCUGCGAUAUUUCGAUGAAUACAAUCCCUCGAAAGCUAGGCAUGCUUAUGGACCUCAAGGUCACCGUGGGAUGAGUAUUCUGAUAUUCGAUAGCUCAGCUACAGGACACAUGGAAGCUUAUCGCCUUAGCAGUCACUUCCAAGAUCAGGGAACAGAUAGGGAUGCCUGGGAACGCAAUCCUGUCCUGUUCUAUCCUGGUGGAAAGCGUCAACUCUAUGGAUACAUGGCGGAUAAGAAAGACAUGGAUGUCUUCAACCAACAUUGCCAAGGAAAAGGGAAGCUGAAAUAUGAGUUGCGGUCUUAUAAUGAAAUGGUUUUGAAGCCGACAAGGCAAAUGAAUGAAGACAAUCAGCUACUCAUGUGGUCUAGGGAUAGGCUGGCUAAAGAACAGAUGCGAUCCAGAGAUCUUGAAGAAUCACUUGGUAUAGCUAGUGAAAAGCUGCAAAAGACCAAGGAGGAGAAUCGCAUUGUUAAAAUGAGGUUCAAGAAACAUCACCAAGAAACCAAGGAAGAGAUUGUGUUUCAAGAAGAAUUCUUCAAUGAUCAAAUAAAGAUGAUUCGUGAAGCCAGAGUAGAACUGGAAACUAAGUUUGAGAAAAUGCAGCAAGAUAAACGAGAGAUGAUCAAACAGUUUUCCAAUCAUCAUCCAAAUAGCUCAUCUAGAAAUGAUGAAAUAGCAAACUUUAUAAAGUUUCAAGAAAAGGAAAUGGGUGAAUUUGUUGGUGAGAGGGAGAAGCUUAUAAAGAGUUAUGAAGUGAAGAAGGAAGAGAUGAGGAAGAAGCAGUGGAAGGAAGAGGUUGAGUUGGAGAAAGGGUUUGAUCUUGAGUUGAACUGCCUUAUGAAGAAAUACACUCCAGCCAACACCAAGUAAUACUAUAUUUUUUACUAGUAUAAACACUAUGGAUUUACAGUCAAAAGGAUGGUACAUUAUUACUGGUAACUUGGGGAUUUACUAUAUUUUUUGGUGUAUUUUGACUCUUCUUUUUAAAGAUGACUUUUACAUACUCCACACCUAUUAUCUCAAUCUUUGUUAUUUGAUUGUGCUUGAAUUUUUUUUUUUUUUUCUUUAGAAGGUUUGAACCUCACUAAUAGUAAUUAAGCAUAUAAACUAAAUUAAUUUUAAAUUAAACUAUUGUCCAUCUUUAUAUUAUUCCAUUUUUUAGGCCAUUUGGAACAAUAUCCAGUUCACAAUCAAUAG